AUGUCCAAGUCCAAGCCCGUCGCCGAUUCAACCAGCACCACCGCAGCUGUUCAAGCCACCAACGAUGACGCUUCUGCCAGUAAACUGUCCUGUGUGAAAAAGGGAUACAUGAAAGAUGACUAUAUCCAUUCAUUUGUGAGAAGGCCUGUCAGAAGAUCUCCAAUUAUCAACCGUGGAUAUUUUGCUCGUUGGGCUGCUCUUCGACAGCUCCUCUUUCAAUUUCUCGAUUCUGAGAUUGAUGGUAAUGAAAAGGGUCAGACGAAGAAGCAGAUAUUGUCACUUGGAGCAGGCUUUGAUACUACAUACUUCCAGUUGCAGGACGAAGGGAAGGCACCAUUUUUGUAUGUGGAGCUGGAUUUCAAGGAGGUCACUAGCAAAAAAGCAGCAAUCAUUGAAACCCAAAGUCAGCUGCGAGACAAACUUGGUGCUGCAGCUUCAAUUUCUCGAGAGAAAGGGGAAGUGCUUGGUGAUCAUUACAAGCUUCUCCCAGUUGACUUGCGUGACAUACCAAAGCUGGAUGAUGUCAUAGCUUCAGCUAAUAUGGAUCCUAGCUUGCCAACAUUUAUAAUUGCAGAAUGUGUUUUGAUAUACUUGGAUCCAGAUUCAACCCGCGAUAUAGUUGGCUGGGCUUCAAAAUCAUUUUCAACAGCUGUCUUUUUCCUAUAUGAGCAGAUUCACCCAGAUGAUGCUUUUGGCCAGCAAAUGAUAAGGAACUUGGAGAGUCGAGGGUGUGCACUACUGGGUAUUUACGCCACACCCACUCUACUUGCAAAAGAAAGACUUUUUAUCGAACAGGGAUGGCAGAGAGCUGUUGCUUGGGACAUGCUUAAAGUUUAUAGUGAUUUCAUUGAAGUUCCAGAAAAGCGCAGGAUCGAACGGCUGGAGCUAUUCGACGAGUUCGAAGAAUGGCACAUGAUGCAGGAGCACUACUGUGUGGCCAUUGCAAUCAAUGAUUCCAUGGGGCUGCUCGGGAAAUACGGAUUCUCAAACGGCCGCCACACAACACAAUCCUCGUGCUAG